GAAGAAGGACAGACACGGAAGAGUUCAUCCGUGUGCGAGUAAAAGGAGCUAGUAAACAGACGGUUCCGUGCUAACAUUCUCCUCAGAGUAGUAGUUUUAAAGCACUAGCCGUCAGUUCCAUUGUAGCAACAUUAAGCUGCUAGUUAGCAGCUAAGAGUAGCUGACAUUAACAGGCAGCAGUUUGACAGCUAACUAGCUUAGCAGCUGUGACAGGCCGACAACAACAAGCUAGUAUGGACUCUUGGGUUCGCUUUAACUCCCAGAGCCAAGCAAAGGAGAAAAUUAUUAGGGCUGCUCAGUAUGCCUGCACUCUGUUGGGCUACACGCUGCAGAAAGGAGGGGCAGCAGCUGAACUUCGCAAAACCGUCAGUCACCUGGAAGCGCACAUGAGCCUGACGAGAAAGCUGCUGCGUCUGGGAAACUCCGUGGAGGCUCUGGAGGCGGCAAAGAGGGCCAUACACCUGUCUGACAGCGUGCUGAGACUCACCCUCACCAUCAGCCACCUCAACAGAGCCAUGUACUUUGCCUGUGACAACGUCCUGUGGGCUGGAAAAACAGGCCUCAUCUCUAAACUGGACCAGAAGAAGUGGAGUCAGAGAUCUUUCAGGUACUACCUCUUUGCUCUGAUCCUCAACCUGACUCGAGAUGUGUACGAGCUCCACCUCCUCAUGGAGUGUGAAGCCCGUUACAGAGCCACCAAAUCACCGCUCAGCACCACCCAGCCCUCAGACGAACUGUCCUCCCCCUCCUCACCCGCCAACACGGCUGCUGUGGCCCUGCCCGUCAUGUCGGCGUGGAUGCGCAGACAGCUGCACCUACUGGUGACUGUGCUCUACAGUAACCCUCCGCUGCUGAUGGACCUGCUGAAGAACAGUUGUGAUAUCUUCAUCCCACUGGACCGGCUGGGGAUUUACCCCACGGGGACAGGUUUUGUUGGGGCGUGUGGCCUGGCUUCCUCUGUCCUCUCCAUCAUCACCAUGAUCCACCCCUGGCUCAAACUCAAGCCAUGAACUCAGAGACACAGAGGAGGGUCAAUCUGAGGAGCCACAGCAAGUCACAAUCUAACAGAGUUAACAGACUCAUACUGUGAAGACUGCAGCUGCUGCUGGGAUCUGCUUUUUAUAUAAGUGGCAGGACCUUAACAUCCUUAAAAUGAUCUCAAAAUAAGAGUCAGGGUUGAUGCAUGAGGAGUUUGUUACUCAGCAUCACACACUGCAUCCACUGGUUAACAGCUCACAGCUGAUUACUGACCUGCAUGUCUGCUUGACCUCAGUUCCAGCUAUGCUCCAGACUGAAGAGAGGUUUAGUGAUGCAGCACAGAGUCUCAUACUGUAACACAGCUAGACCCUGACCCAGGACCACCACUCUACACAUCAAUGUCUGUCAAUGUCACUGUGAUUGGUCCAGCCUGCUCUCAUCCUCUGAGCUCUGUGUUGAUCAAUAAGAUCAAUAACACUGAAACAAAACCUUUGAGUUAUGAGGGUCAUCAGUCAUCACAGCCUCAGCUAAACCAGGUCUGCUCUGUAUUCUCUGCCUCCUUUGCAUCUGCUCUCUAACAGGCUCACAUUAGAUAAGACCCACCUUUUUUGUGUCUGGCAACCAAUCAAAACAACCUGUGAUAAUGACCCUGAGCUUUAAUCAUGUUUUUGUGUUUGUUAUAAACUUCCAUGGUCCUGUGAGGUAGAGAUGCAGGAACAUGAUGUAGCGUAGUAAUGAUCAAACUUGUAUUUCAUUUAAGGAGGAAAAGUGUUGCUGCUGACUUUUAACCAGCUGUGACAUGUGGCACCACCCUCUGACCCCCACCAGUCUGAACUCUCUCACUGUAGACUUACAGCUGUCUGAAUGAAACGUAAUAAUAACACACAUUCACAGACAGAAGCGUUAUUGACAAGACUUACUAUAGAAAUUUCAAAAUAAGACUUCUAGUGUAAAUUCUUCAGAAUAAACGUGUUAAACUCACUAAAAGGACAUGUUAAAGUACUGUUGACUUGUACUAGUGCUAAAAAAUCUUCUGUUUUGGAAGAACAUAGGAAUAUUUUGAACUGAACAAAGUCAGUGGUUUCUUUUUAAAUGACAGUACUACUGAAAUUACACUAAAUUCUCCACUAUUGUCAUGAAGAUGCAUAUUCCAACUGCACAUUCAGAGCUCUUAUGCAGCUAUACAUCGAACUUCUUACAAACCAGCACCUCAUUAAACAGGUGUAAAACAUCAGCUGUGAGUUGGGGGGAGAUCAGUGAUGCAACAUGAAUCUUUUAACUACUUGUUUUUUUGUAGCUUUAAUGUGUUUUCUCAGAUCUUAGCAAAUGAUAAUGUCCAAAUGAUUUUAUGUGAGAUGAGGAGAGUGGAGGGAUCACAACAUGCAGCGUGGAGGCAGGUUACUUAAUGCUUGUAGCAGCAGCUCUGAUAGUUACACAUGAGUUCAGAGUCAUGGAACUGAUGUGCUGUAAGAAAGCGUGUGAAGUGGUGCUUUAACUCUGUUCAGAGCAGCUGCAGUAUUCGAGUAUGAAGCCUAAACACUGCUGCUAAUGGUAAGAAAAUAUCAUUCUCAAUAAUCAUUUUAUAACAUCAGCCUGUAUGAUCUUAUCCAGUGGUGUCCUGAACUGAGUGUUAAAGGUUAUAGCUUUCCCUCCAGAUUCUCCUGUGUUAAAUAUCAGCCGUCCUUAUUCAGUCACUCAUACUGUAGAUAGUCACUUGUCAGCAUUCUGCGUCUGACCUGGAUGAACCUUUUCCCUACGAGGAAGACGACCUAACAGGAGUUCACAAUGAGUUAGUCUGAUGUCAGUGUGAAGAGAGUUUGGAGUCACUUUGUCAUUUGAAAGAAGUUUCAGGUACUCACAGUUGUACUUAGUGUAUGAAUUGUAGAUUAAGAGAGCAUAAAUGAGAUAUAUUUAUAUUUAGAGCAAAUACAUAUUUUCUAAAUUAGAAGCUGAAAUAUAGCCAUCACUGCCCAUAUCUGUACUAUUCUGACUGGACAUGCUACCAUAACAUAACUUUAAUUUUCUUUCAGUAUUUGUGUCAUGCAUAUCACUGUCAGUUAACACCUGCAGUAUGUUCUAAUGUGUGGGUCUUUGUUCUGGUUUCAUGUUAAAAACAACCUGUUCAGUUUAAUUAUGUUGAGAUACUGCUGCCUACAAUAAAGCACAUAUGUGUGGUUGGA